AAUAACAUAACAUUUGAGCAAAGAAUAUACCAAGUAAAAUGUUGAUCAUUUUUAAGUCUAAAGUCCAAUUUUGGCCCUGUCCUGUUAUGGAUUUACAUACAUAAAAGAUAAAAUUGCACUAAAUGUAGCCCCGCGGAUAUAUAAUCUAAUAUAUAAUAGGCAUAAUACAUAAAUAUAACUCUUAACUUGGCGUCAGUUGACAACUAUGAUCCUUAACUUUGAAUGUGCAAAAGUAGGCACUCAAAACUUGUAUAAGAUUGAACAUAUAGACACACGUGUCCUACAUGACAUGACACACGUAGGACACCACGUACGAUACAAAUUUUUCAUGUAGGGUGCCAUGCAGGACGAAUAUAUCAAUUUGUUCAAAUUUAUAUAAGUUGUGCACAUCUUAAGUUAACGAGUCACAGUUGCCAACUAGCGUCAAGUUAAGGGUCAAGGUUUCAUGUCUAUGUAUUAUGCAUAUAUAAUAUAUAACCUCGUAUAAUCGGUGUAUAAUCGACAAUUCACGUGUAAAAUAAAGGCAAAAAGCAAAAAAAAAGAAGAAGAAGAAGAAGAAGAGAUGCUUGGUGAAAGUAGCAAGAAGGGAACAAAUGACUAAAGACGUUUUGCCCUUGUGUUUUGCAUGACAUAAAAGUGUGGAGAAGAUGUAUCUUGCGCCAAACUCGACCCCCAAAGCUUAGCUCAUGAUGCGAGGAUUGCUCAAAUAUCUAAUAAGGAACACACAGCACUCACCCCCUCGCAAAUAUACAAGCCUAACUCAACCCGAGAAGCUAGGUCACGAUGUGAGGCUUGUCGUACACACAACACAUAUCCUCAGCUAAUGUGAUAUGUUAAAAAGCGUAAAAGUCACAGUAACAAAACAUUAGAUUCUUAAAUACUUUGGGUAUUAGAAGAGCAAUCGAUCCAGCGUAAAGGCUUGUAAAGAAAUAUUUCGCAACACUAUGCUUCUACUAGCAGUAUAUAUUAAAGCCAUUUUGUGACAGAUGAGUGGCAUCAACAUAAUCUGCAGAAACAAGUAGUGAAAAUGGCCUCAGAAAUUCAAAAACAUUCAUCAGGACAAGGAAUGGGAAGGACUUCUUCACAGGAGCUGCGCGAAAAGGAGAAAGAAGUUAAAGAUAAAAUAUUUCAAGCAGCUAUGGCGAAUAAGUGGAGAACAGUUAAGCAUCUGUACACCGACAAGGAGUUUGUGCAGUUUGUGCAUGAAUUAAAACUCACUCGAUCUGAAGAGACUGCUCUUCACUUAGCUAUCACUGCUUACCAUCCAGAUCGAGACGACUCUUUACAGCAUCCUCAUUUUACUUGUAUCAAGGAAAUGAUAGAUGACAUACCAGAGGAAAAUCGACUACGUACCUUAAAGCUGAAGAAUGAUAAAGGGAACACACCUCUUCACCUUGCAGCAGAACUCGGGAGUGUCAAGAUUAUUGAGUGUUUGGUAAACCCAUCAGACUCUGAUCUCAUCAGGGAGACCAAUUCAAAAGGGGAAACCCCCUUAUUUGUAGCAGCUUACCGUGGCAAACUAAAAGCUUUUCUCUACCUACAGAAGUGUUGCGUAAAUCAAAAAGAACGUGGUAUUGAUCUUUGUAGGAGGAAAGAUGGGGAUAACAUUCUACACGCCGCCAUCUCUGGCGAGUACUUCGAUCUGGCUUUUCAGAUAAUACAUCACUACGGGCAACUUGUCAACUAUUACAACGCAGAGGGAAUGUCUCCCCUACACUUCCUUUCCAGGAUGCCUCAAGUAUUCAAAAGUGGCAGCCAUUUUCGGUCCAUAGAUAGCAUCAUCUACUACUGCACAAAUAUCGAAGAGCUAGAGUUAAUGACAUAUAAAGCUAAAGAUAAAGAAGAUUCACAUAGUAAGCUUAAAUGGAAUCUCCCAGAGAACUACCAAACAAUGGUGGAGUUCUUUGAACUACUUUGGAAUGGGACAUUGAAAACUCUACGUUAUCUUAACCGAACAUACUUUGGGAAUCGACUUUACUUUGGGAAUCAAGAAGACCCGUCUAAAAAUACUACAGGAGCAACUAAUGAGAAUCAAGGCAAGAAGUCUCAAGAUACUACAGGUGCAACUAAUGAGAAUCAAGGCAAGAAGUCUCAAGAUACUACAGGAGCAACUAAUGAUAAUCAAGGCAAGAAGUCUCAAGGCCAUCAAAAUAAUCAGCAAUAUGACGUCGAGAAUCCCCCAAUUCAAGCUGAAAGGAAGAGAAGCCGCAAGUUGUUUCCAGACAAUUACACCAUCUUUAUCGAGUUCCUCAAAUGUAUAAUGAAGAUUUUACUUAUUGUAUUGGGUAUUGGACUCCAAAGGACAAAAAAACUAGAGGAAAGGAAAAAGCAACAUACAUGGGGAGUUCAAAUUAUGAAGUUGAUGAUUGAGAAAGAAGAACGUUACAAAUCCUAUGAAAGUACUGGGGGGGAGCCAGAAGAUAGGCCCAAUAACCAAAUUGGAGCACCUCCUCCAGCACCCCCUUCAGAUGUUGAAAAUGAAGACAGUAACACUGCACAGAUCGAGCAACCACCAACUUCAAGCACAGAUAAGAAGAUAGAUGAUCUCAAGUCUGUUCUAAAUACAGAUAGGUCCAAGACCAAGGAGACACCCCUAUUAGUGGCAUCAAAGAUGGGUAUUGUAGAGAUGGUACAGACGAUCCUCAAAAAGUUCCCAAUAGCCAUUCAAGAUACGGACUCUAACGACAAGAACAUACUGCUUUUGGCUGUAGAGCACAGGCAGACAAAUGUCUAUAAUUGGUUAACAGGAGAAAAGUAUCCAGAGUACGUGUUUUAUCAUGUGGACAACCAUGGAAACAAUGCAGUGCACCUAGCUGCAAUGUAUCAGAAGCUCGAGGUGUGGCGCAUCCCUGGUAGUGCUCUACAGUUGCAAGGUGAAAGGAAGUGGUACAAGUAUGUGAAGCACACUUUGCCACGACAAUCAUAUGUUCGUUAUAACAAUAAAGGUCAGACACCAAGACAGAUCUUCAUAGAGACACAUGCAAAUUUACUCAGUGAUGGAACUCAAUGGCUCGUCACAACUGCCAAUUCAUUCUCUCUCGUAGCAGCACUGAUUGCUACUGUUGCCUUUGCUACAUCUUCCACAAUCCCAGGCGGAGCAGAUGAUAACGGCCAUCCACACUUAAAAAAUCAGCCUGCUUUUGACGUGUUCUCUGUAACAUCACUAAUUUCUCUUUGCUUCUCUGUCACAGCUCUAGUGUUUUUCUUGGCUAUCCUCACAUCUCGAUGCCGACACAAUGAUUUCGAGAAAGACUUGCCAAGAAAGUUGCUCCUUGGAUUAACUUCGCUUUUUGCAUCAAUAACUGCUAUCUUGAUCUCAUUCUGUGCUGCACAUUUCUUUGUCCUCCGGGAUAAAUACAGGAAUGCGGCAAUUCCAAUAUACGGGGCAACAUGCAUACCUGUGGUGUUUUUUGCAUUUAAUCAGUUCCCUCUCUAUGUUGAUCUUAUAAGGUCAUACAUCCAAAAGCUACCACUUCGUAGCUAUAAGGUGUUUUAUACUGAUUCCUCAGAAGCAACUAGCUCAGAUCAAAAGAAAGAAGGUAAAGAAAAGAAUGAUUGAAACAAGUCGGAAUUAUGACAAGAGCAGAGCUUGCACGGUUUCCUAAUUCAGUUUCCAAAUAAGACCGGGUUGUUUUGUGUCAAAAAAAUGAUGAAUUCCAAGAAAGGUUUCCCUUCGUUGAGAGUAGGCGAGGUGGAGAUAUAAUUUUUCUAUGUAUUCUUGAAGAUACUCACACUUUUUUAAGAGUUCCGUGAUUUCAUAUACCUUUUUUCCAGACUAAAGCUAGUUAAAAUAGAGUGCUUAAUGUUGUUUGAUCCUGUAAUUCAUGUGAACUUGAGGAAGUCUAAGGGAACUUAUCAUAUCGAGAUAGCGCAAAAAAGGCAUUAUCCUAUUUUCCAGACUAAAGCUAGUUAAAAUAGGGUGCUAAAUGUUGUUUGAUCCUCUAAUUCAUGUGAACUUGAAGUCUUAGGGAACUUAUCAUAUCUAGAUAGUGCAUAUCCUAUUUUGUAAAAUUAUUGAACAAGGAAACCGUUUAGAUUUUCAAGGAUCAUUUUUUAUCCAAUA